ACUCGAUAGGGUUAACUAGCCAACUUCGAACAUGGUAAAGACCGGCUUUUGUCUGGUGCCGAUUCUGUGCCAGUUUCUGGGAUUGCAGGCAGCUCUGCUGGACACCUUGCUGAAUGAAAGCAAUAUUUACUUUCUAAAGCCAUCGGCGGAUGUUCUUUUGGGGAAUGUCGAUCAGUUGGCCUCGGUGGAAUCUGUCAAGUUGAUUGUGCAUGGCUAUCUGGGAUCUCGCACUCAUGGCUCAAUUAUGCCUCUGAGAAAUGCCUAUACUGCCCAAGGCUAUGACAAUGUCUUGGUGGCUGACUGGGGUCCUGUGGCCAAUUUGGAUUACCCAACCUCCCGUUUGGCUGUGAAGAAAGUGGCUCGAGUUCUGUCGAAAUUAUUAGAGGAUUUUCUUCAGCGACAUGGAGUAUCUCUGGAUGGAGUUCAUGUCAUAGGUCACAGCCUGGGAGCUCAUAUUGCUGGACUAAUCGGAAGGUAUUUCAAUGGAACUUUAGGCAGAGUUACAGGACUGGACCCAGCUCUUCCCCUCUUCUCAAGUCGAUCGGAUGACAGUUUGCACUCGAAUGCCGCUCAAUUUGUGGAUGUAAUCCACACGGACUAUCCCUUGUUCGGGGAUAUAAGACCUCGAGGAACUGUGGAUUUUUAUCCCAAUUUUGGUCUGGCUCCUCAGCCGGGAUGCGAAAAUGUGGAUGUCGUUGCUGCCAGUAAGCUACUUCAUGAGGCUUAUAGUUGCAGUCACAAUAGGGCAGUCAUGUUCUAUGCUGAAUCCAUUGGAAUGCCAAAGAAUUUCCCUGCGAUUUCCUGCAGUUUGGUAGCCAUUAAGAGUCGGCAUGCUGAGGACUGUUUAAGGGAAAAAUCAGAAUCGAAGAAUGCUGAAAAAUCUGAAGAAGAGCAAACAGUUUUCAUGGGCGAACAUGUCAGUCGAAGCGCCACCUCGUAUUUCUAUUUGGAAACUAAUGCAGCGCCUCCCUACGGCCAAGGCAGGAACUCGCGGUUUUAGCUUGUCUUUUGAACUGGAGUCAUAGAUGGCGCUAGCUAGCCAUCUAGGCGUCAAGUGAUGGUUGUUUCCUACAAAAUCUGGCAAUAUUUUUCCAAAAACUGAAAACUAUUUGCUUGAAAGAAUUCUUGGUUAAUUGAAGUGAAUUAAAAAGCUGACAAGCAAAUUUAAACAAA